UGUUUGUGUUUAUACCCCGGGGGAUGAUAGCUAGUCAGUCCUUUGCCCCAAAGAACGACAGACAGAAUGGCCGUUCGAUUUGUCUACCUCAUCGCAGCGUCUUUACUAACACUCUGCGUGGUCAUCAUCACACGAACUAUACAAUUUUCAUUCCCUAAGACUGUACACAAGCCAUGUCAAGCUUCCGAUGAUGAUUUUAUUCAUGCAGACGAUAACGUUUUAGGAAGAUUUAGCCAAGCAAUUAGGUUUCGAACCAUAGCGAGGGGUGACGGUGACUACGAUAGACAAGAACUUUUAAAGCUCCAAAACUUUCUUCUUAAAGAAUUUUCAUUCACAUUUAGCCAUCCUCUGGUCAGUUAUGACAUCAUCGCCAACUACAGCAUAUUACUCCAUGUCAAGGGUAGUGAUGCAGCACUGAGACCAUAUCUCAUAGCAAGUCACCUUGAUGUGGUCCCAGCUAGCAAUGAAUCAUGGGAAGUGCCGCCAUUUGAGGGUCGAAUAAAGGAUGGGUACAUUUGGGGGAGAGGUACCCUUGAUGUUAAAAAUGGAGUGAUGGCAUCUUUGGAAGCUCUUCAGUUUUUAUUAAAAAGAGGUCACAAACCCAAGAGAAGCUUCUACCUUGCUUAUGGACAUGACGAGGAGGUAGGGGGUAACGAUGGAGCAAAACAGAUAGCCGCAACACUACGUUCAAAAAAAGUACAGUUAGAGUUUCUAGUAGAUGAAGGUACCAUCAUUGUAAGAGACACAUUUCCUGGCGUUAAAUCUCCUUAUGCUCUAGUUGGAGUUGCCGAAAAAGGAUAUAUGAUAGUAGAGUUGAGUGUGACGACAUUGGGUGGUCAUUCUUCUAUGCCACCAAGAGAAACAAGUAUUGGCAUCCUUGCUCAAGCAAUAGCAAGACUAGAGUCAUGCCCCAUGCCUGCUAUCUUAGACUCUGGUGGACCAAUCCAAGGGUUGUUUGAAGAGGUUGCACCAAAGGCUGCCCUUCCUCUUCGCCUCAUAAUUGCAAAUCUAUGGCUUUUCAAGUUUUUCUUUACAAGAGUGCUGUCAAGUAAACCUUCUACCAAUGCAAUGAUACGGACAACAACAGCCGUCACUGGGUUUAAUGCAGGAAUAAAGGAAAAUGUCAUUGCGCCUUCUGCCAAAGCAAUCGUCAAUCACYGAAUACACCCAAUGAACACAUUAGAUGAGGUGGUUGAACAUGACAGGUACUGCAUCAACGACAAGAGAGUUAAUAUACGACUUGCCAGACAUACUCUUCCAUCACCAGUGUCGCCAUGGGACAAAAGUGCUUUUGGAUACCAGGUUGUAUCUGAGAGUAUACGUCAGGUAUUCCCAGAAGCUACUGUAGCACCUGGUCUAAUGAUUGCUGGUACAGACACCACACACUACUUGGACUUGACCAAAUCAGUUUAUAGGUUUCUACCAUCACUACUAGGCCCAGAAGACUUGAAAAGAUUCCAUGGUUUUAAUGAACGAAUAUCGGUGAAAAACUAUGAACAAACUAUCAAUUAUUUUUAUCAUUUAAUGGUGAAUGCAGAUAAAACACCUCAAGAACAAAGACCAAAAGUAGAACUAUAAUUAAGGUAUUUUUUAAAAUUUUCAAUGUUUCAUGUAAUAAAGGAUAUAAUUUAGCCAUUCUGAGGUUGAGGAACUUACUGGACCAAGUUGGCAUUUACAGUGUUCCUUAUACUCACUGGUUGAAUGAAUCCUUUCUUUGAAGUCCUGACACACAAUAGGUUUUAGUGGACGCCAAUCAAAGCAUUUCUAUGGCAUUCCCAAAAGCAUGUGCCCUUGGAAAGCUUGUUUUCCAACAUCAUGAGAACACUUUAAUUGAUGUGCACUAAAACCUACUUUGUUGCAACUAUAAUUCCACAUUUGCAAACAAAGCUUCUUCUAGGAAUAUGAACACUCAAAUACUCAAAUUUUAAGAUAUAAUCCUGACAAAGGAGCAAUACAGAAUGAAUAACACAAUGACUAUAUUCAACACAAUUAAAUUUUUUUAAGGACUUUAAUAUAUGAAUGCACUAAAACGAAAAUAAAAAAAUUUCAAUUUUAUUGACAAGUAAUCCAUGUAAGCUUUCAUAAUUCAAGAUUGUCAAAUGCGUAACUAAACUCCCAUGUUAGUGGCCUAUCAUAGGAUCAUCACUAUAAUCAAGCUAGUGUGACCACACUUUAAGCGGCUGCAAUGGAGAUUGUGUAACCUACUACGAUAGGUUUGACUCCUUGUUCUCAACCUACAAAAAUGUUUGCUUGACUCUGAAAUGAUAAUUAAUGGGAAGCAAGCCAGGCAGGCCAGAGCCGGAGAGUAUGAUUGCAUGGUUGUCAAUUUGUGUUGGAUCUACAAAGUACCAAAAAGCACCAGAGAGAGCCCUAUGAAACCAAGGGUAGUUCGCAUAUGGAGAAGGCAAUGGUUACACCUGCGAUGUGCUGAGAAGCACCGGAGAUAGACCCCCUCUGGAAACAAGGUCAGAUUGGACAUGGCAUAUGCAAUGUUCUAAGGUGUGCUCCGCUAUGGUGUCACCUCCCACCAAUGUGACCCAGGUUUGAUUCCUAGGCUCAGUGUCAUUGAAAGGUUUGUUGUUACAUAAUGAGUCCAACUACCACAGGUUUCAUGUAGCAGGUCAACUUAAUGCAACUAUUUUUCUAGGCUCCAGUUUUAGUACCAAUUGACAUGUGAAGGCCAGAGAUACAGGUAAAGAGCCAAAAGUAUUGAUUGUAAAGUCCAUGAUGUACAUGAAAUGAGACACAAUAGACCCUUUCACAGUUCGCUGCACCAUCUUGAAAGGUAGCUGUGCCUUUGCAUCAAAGAGAGACAAAUGGUGCAAUAAUAGAGACCUUUUUUAACACCUUGAACAAUUAUGCAUGUCUCUAUCAUUGCAAGCUCACCAUUUGUCUCGCUCUGAUGCAAAGGCACAGUUACCUUUCUAGAUGCCGCAGGGAACUGUUAAGGGAACUAUUACUACCAAAGAUUAAUACUUUCCUCUCUUGCAAAGUAUGCCUUUUUUAAGACAAAUAUUGGUAAAUAAUGAUAGUAUCAAAUUUCAAAUGUAAAAACAAUUUUUUUAUUAAGAUUUUAUAAUUGUUAAAUAUUACAUAAUGGGCUUCGGAAGCUAUGAAAAGAUAUUAAAUUUUGAAAUUAA